UGAACUUGUUUUCAUCGGGAAAACUCUCUGAGUUCAAAUGAGCAAUUCCAGUAAUGUUGCCGCCGAUUCAUUCAAACUCGGGCAGCGAGUUCACUCAGCCAACGACACGCGUCGAAUCGGUACGGUUAAGUACGUAGGAGAAGUGCAGGGCUAUUCAGGCACGUGGAUCGGAGUCGAUUGGGAUGGCGACGGCAACGGUAAGCACGACGGCUCCGUCAACGGUGUCCGUUACUUCAAUGCACGAUCAGAGAAGUCCGGAUCCUUUGUUCGGGUCCAGAACUUGAGUCCAGGUAUUUCGUUGCUUGAAGCUCUUCAACUCAGAUACAAAGGCGAGGCUAGUAAAGAGGAAGAAGAUGAAAUGUAUGUUCUAUCAGCGACGAACAAACGUGUGUCAGUUGAAUUUGUGGGUAAAGAAAAAAUUCAAGAUAAGUUAAGUAAAUUUGAAGAGUUGAAGAGUGCCUCAUUAUCUUUUAUGGGUGUUAGCUCUCUUGGAGUUGAUAUUGGAACUAUUGUGCCGAAACUAAAGGAGCUUGACUUGACUGGAAAUUUGCUUUCAGAAUGGAAGGUUGUUGGUGCCAUCUGUGAACAGUUACCAGGUCUCACUGCUAUCAAUUUUUCUAAUAAUAUAAUGUCAAAGGAUAUCUCUGGACUGCCACAACUAAAAGGCAUCUGCAUUUUAGUUUUAAACAAUACUGGUAUAAAUUGGGUGCAGGUUGAAAUAAUCAAGCCUUCAUUGCCAGCAAUUGAAGAGCUACAUCUCAUGGGAAAUAAUAUAAGUGCCAUACAGCCUGUGUCAUCACCUGUUGUUCAAGGAUUUGAGACCUUGCGACUUUUGAAUUUGGAAGACAACUCUAUAGCUGAAUGGAAUGAAAUCCUAAAGCUUUCUCAGCUAAGAAGCUUGGAGCAGCUUUAUUUGAACAACAACAAUUUGAGCCGCAUCUAUUACCCUGAUGAUUAUGCAAUAUGCAAACUGCUCGGUGCAUCUGAAUCUCAUGAGAAAAGCUAUAUGCCAUUUCAGAACUUGCGCUGCCUUCUUCUGGGAAAUAAUAAGAUCGAGGACCUGGCCUCAAUUGACACACUGAAUUUAUUUCCUAAAUUGAUGGAAAUAAGGCUUUCUGAAAACCCAAUAGCAGAUCCUGGUAGAGGUGGUAUCCCAAGGUUUGUAUUGAUUGCACGUUUAGGAAAGAUUGAAAUACUAAAUGGGAGUGAGGUAAGCCCUCGUGAAAGGAAGGACUCUGAGAUUCGGUAUGUUCGCCUUGUUAUGUCAAAGUUGCAUGACAAUCCUGAAGAAAUAAAACAGCUGCAUCCUAGGUUUAUUGAACUUAAGGAUUUCUAUGGAAUUGAGGAUGAAAGGCCGUCAAUUGGAGCCGCAGGACCCCAAAAGAUGGCAUCAGGACUUCUGUCUAUCACCCUCAAAUGUGUAGGUGCAUCAAUUGGUGAGAAGCCUCCGUUGACGAAGAAAUUACCGGCCACUACCACAGUUGGGAAGCUAAAGAGUCUAUGUGAAAGCUUUUUCAAGCUGAAGUCUAUCAGACUGAAAUUAUUUCUUCAGGAAGAGGGCUUCCCUUUACCAAUGUUGGUUGACGAUGAAAUGGCUUCUUUAAUGGACCUUGGAGUUGGCAAUGAUUCUACUAUCCUGAUAGAUGAAGAGAGUUAAGAUCCAUUGAAGGUUGUUUACGGGGCCGAUUUGCUGAGCCAAUAUUUUCUUAUUUCUUCCCUCAGCAAAAGAGUUCUUUCUAUGGUGUUGUGGUAAAUCUUUGGGAUGAUUAAUUGAUUACUGCUGCCUGCUUCUUUGUAAAACAACUGUUAAGAAAACUUCAAUUUGAAUGUUGAAUUUUUCU